GUUUUGUCAGGGGUGUGGUGAUUUUGGGCGUUUCGCCAUCAGCUCUCAGAGCAGCCUUUAUAAAAAGCUGUAGCAGUAACUGCUAACAUUUUCUGGUUACCCCUCAGUCUCCCGAUUGUGAUACGAGGCCUUCUGUAAGUAUAUUUUUUAUUAUUAAACCUUGUUGGGUUAGUUCCCAAAAAUGACAGAGUUAAUAACUUGUUUGUAUGUAUCCAUGUUUAUUUAUAAAAUAUUUCACCAGGAAGGAUACAUUGAGAUUUCUCUCGUUUUCAAUUCUGUCCUGGGUCCACAAAACAUGGCAUUGAUACAACAGGGUACCAUAAAAUGCAAAAACAAUAUUAAUACACAAUAUAUAGAAAAUGUUACAUAGAACAUGUAGGAAAUCUAUAUUCCUGUUUACAGUUUGUUUUUCUAACUCUGUGUGUCCCUGUAAGUCUGCGUUCUCUCCCUGUUGGCAUUACAAUGUUUAGGCCACAAUAGCAGAGUUAAAUAAAAUGUUUCCAGUUUGUGUGUUGUCGGUCUGUAACAGGAUCACUAAAUAUCAAGGUAGUAGCCUGAAUGACAUAAUGAAUAAACCCGAUUGUGGCAGCAAGCGCUCAUUAAACCUCUAUUUUCUCCAAGUUACCUGUAAACAAGGGCUGAGAUGUAUGGGACUUGGUGUUCCUAUUUAUAAAAUUCUAAAUCCCUUUAAAUCGUAACUAGGGAACUAUAUUACACAAAAAAUAGAAUUAACUUUUUUUUAAAAGCCCAAGGUGUUUAUCUGUAUACCAUCCAUCUAGCUACUCCCGCCUCCCUGCUAUUUGUAAAACCCAUAAUUUGAGAUCUUGCUGCUAGAUGGUUCAACCUAGCUCAGAGGAUUCUACCUGGCUCUAGAGAUAUUAACCCUCUCACUGCAUGAUGGGUACAGGCAGAGAUAUUAACCCUCUCACUGCAUGAUGGGUACAGGCGGAGAUAUUAACCCUCUCACUGCAUGAUGGGUACAGGCGGAGAUAUUAACCCUCUCACUGCAUGAUGGGUACAGGCGGAGAUAUUAACCCUCUCACUGCAUGAUGGGUACAGGCGUGGGAUAUUAACCCUCUCACUGCAUGAUGGGUACAGAGUAAUCUAGUCGGUGUCAGAUUGCAAGAUCCAUUCUCCUAUAAGUAAUACAUAGAGAAGGGCAGUGUUUACAGAUAUCCGCAAUGACUGUAUUUCUACGAGAACCCAUCCAGUACCGAGUCUACCAUCAGCAGCUGUUUGAAUAAUACUCGACACAGCUCGGCCUUUCUAUGCGAUUUCCACUAAUGGGAGAACAGUUCCGCAGCUCCCUGCCAGUGUCUGGUGCCUGACACCAUUGUAUAUGCAUGCGCUGGCGGAACUAACGUAGAGCGGGGCCUGGUGCAUGUGUUUUCAUUAUCUUGUUUUGACCCCCAUGAGCAACCGAAAUAUAGAUUCCCAACUGCUGUGCAUCUCCCAUGAUGCUUUGUAAGCCAGAGCGGUAUCUGUGUGAACAGAUUAUUGUAGUUGUACCCUGUGUGAAUUAGGAUGCGUGACUGUAUGAGCGUCUCUGGCUAGGAUGCGUGACUGUAUGAGCGUCUCUGGCUAGGAUGCGUGACUGUAUGAGCGUCUCUGGCUAGGAUGCGUGACUGUAUGAGCGUCUCUGGCUAGGAUGCGUGACUGUAUGAGUGUCUAGUGUUGGCAAGUGUGUUUGUACUGUCGCCAUUUUAAUGCAGUGUUGUGUUUUAUAUGUUUUUUGAAUGCAGGGGUGUGUUUGUGUAUCGUAUUGACAUUUUGAUUGUUGGAAUGUAUUGAGAUAUCUAUCCAUAUAUCUCUCUCCUUACAUCCCAAGAGUCACAAUUGGCAUGUUUUUUUUUAGCCAUACAUUUUGGGUGGCUUCCCUGGCAUUUAGUGGGAUCUGGCUGAGGCUGAUUGGGGCUGGUCCGGCUUCCUAGCCCUCAUCACUCUGCUCUUUUGUAACAUGGGAUCGCUUCCUCCUAGAACCUUAAAUCUACCAGGAUUAAAGGGCUUCAGCCUCCAAGCAGGCCCCUAGUUAGGUUUCCAAUCAGGUGACAUUGUGAGUGACAACUGAUGAUGCUCCCUGCACUUUGUGUGCCGGGGUGUAGCUGCGUGGCCGGUAGCUUUUCUGCGGUCUGUAUGCACCCUGGGCUACGAAUAUCUUUCAUGGACACAAUUGUCCCCAGUGUCCUGCUUCCCUUCCUGUUCUUGUAUUGAACAUGUUACCUGCCAAACCUAGAAAUUCUACUCCUUGAUCAAAGGCUUGUGGCCAACUCAAAAUUCCUGCCAUCAAAUACAUUUCAAGAUUGAGCCACAAUAGGUUUAUUUUGUGAUUUUAAAAAAAUGUACUUGGAUUGUUUGAUAGGGGAUACAUUGUAUAGAAUGACUUGCAGGAAGUUGGAAUUUUGGGUGGUUACAUUAAUCUCAUUACUCCGGGCUGUGUAUAAAUCACCCUGCUUCCCUGUACAGUGAUCACACAUAGAAUAUUCAUUAAACUGUAAAUUAAAAUAUAAAAGCUUAAAAAAACAAACAAAAAACUAAACUGUGAAUAUUAAUAAAUGCAAAUCUAACAGGAGCCUGGUGGCGCUGUUAUUCAGUGUCCAACCCUGGUCAGAAUUUCCCAUCAUGUGAUAAUAAAAGUAUACAGCUUUGUAUUUCUAGCGCUAUAGUAUCCCAUCACUAUACUUCCCUCUCCUGGCAGUGUAAGGGUUAAUAAACCCUUACUGUAGUUGCCCGAUUCCAACACCGAUCUCCUGUGGUGCUGGGUCAGCCCCCUCCGAAGUGCUAACUGCUGCAAUGCUUUCCAGUGGGGAGUUGUCUGACAUGGGAUGUCCUUGUGCAGAGCAUUCGGACAUCCAGCGUCCGUUAGAUGACCAAAUGUUGCUUAGCCACCAGGAUGUGUCUCUAGUGGCCCCUGUAUGCAUGCACCACAGGCAGGCCCGAGCUGGCCAUUGGGCAAAUGCCCAGUGGGCCGCGAUGGCCAUGGACCGAGGCCGGCAGGGGUGAUCAUAGUAUCUCCCCUGCCGACCCAUGCAGAGCUGGCGCUGCUGUGUGGCUUCAUGGGCGGUGGGGAGAUCAAAGAUCUCUCUCACAGGCACUCAUAUGUUGCAGGACUCAGAGGGACCCAUUACCGCGGCAACGCUCAGGUCUCGUGAGACUCGCCACUAAGACCACCAGGAAUGGCAGCACUGUGCACACUACAUUCCUUGUAAGCAAACACAUACAACAUUCUCUAAACACACAGUGUACAUCCCCUAGCCACACAUAGUACACCACAAUACCACACCACAAUCAGCUCACUCUGCACACAAGCAUGCACCAUACACUUCCCCUUGUUUUUUUAACCUCUGUUAUUCGACUUAGAGACACCAGAGAUAAGUUAAAAGCAAACGGCUAGUGUGUGCUGAAUCCUAAUUGAAAUAAUUACUGAAAGCUACACCUUCCCCUGAGGCUCAGCAAUCUACCCAGUGAGUCACUUUGUAAAAACAAAACCGCACAAACCAGUUUACAUUUGCAAAUCCUCAAAUACUUUGCAUUUCUUUUUCAAAGAAAGGUAGGCAGCGCACCCCCACGCAUAUCGCUGCCUUGUUAUCGCUCCGUCUCUGUAGGAUUUUUGUCUGGUGACCCAGGCAAUUUAAAAUAAAAAUAAAAAGGGUGUUAAGACCUGCAGUGGUUAUGGUACUGCAGUCUUCUAUUCCUUUCCCAAUAGCUGAGUAUAAGUGAGUAUAACUGCAGUUAGGAGGUAGAGGAAUAGUGUAGCUGAAUGCAGCUUCCAAGACAAUUCUCCCCAGCAAAUAGAAUAUUCCCCAAGCAUGAGCCUAGACUUCAUGAACGGUGUAACAGGAAUGAUUUUUUAUUGAGGCCACACUGGCUUUUAUGAGAAUCCUCCUGCAAGAAGACCUCCCACAGUAAACAAAGACCAUAACCAAUCAACAUACAGAUUUACAGUAACCCCCGCCCUCUCUCUGCCUGGGAGAUAUUGAGAUAAGGAAUAACCCAAUUAUCUCCAGGCAGAGGGCACACAAUGUCCCCAAAACUUAGAACACCCCUUUGCACACAAGGUAUCCCCUGAUAGCCCCAAUCUGGGGGACCAACAUAUUCAAAUUUCACCCAGAUCAGUUCAGGGAUUCUCAAAGUAUGGAAGUCAUAAGUUACCGACCGCACACGAGGUUCCUGCCCAAAACAGUCCCACGAAUUCAGCGCGUGCGGUCUGUCAAUUCAGUAAAUGGCAUAAAAACUAAUAAAGUCCCCAAUGGAUCCUCCUGGCUCAUAGGAGCAAUUGCUCCCUUUGUUCGUAUGAACCAAACUACCGAAUGGCGCUCUCCUGGCUGUUCGGCAACUAAAGGAAGCAGGCGUUCGUAUGUUUCAGCGGUGGUUCGGGAGGUCGAGUGUCCGAUUUUUAGUUCCAGACACUCGACGACCAAGUCCCGCUGCCUCCUUUUGUGCAAACAAGAUGGCUGCCGUUUUCUGUUCCACGUGGCAUUCGGCUAUACGAACGCCGGCCGCCCAGAGAGCACUUAAUAGACGGUUCUUUUGAAGUUAAUGAGCAGUAAUCUCUGCAGAAGCCAAAAUAAUGACUGGUGAUGGUGACUAACUGUUUGCACAUGGUUAUCGUACCACGCCAGUCUUGCUUACUGUCCUAUUUGCACAGUCAUUAUGCAGGAGCAUCUUCAAUAAUUCUCCUCUGCCAUAACUGUACUAGACUCCGGGGAUUACACAGUAACCGUUCAUUUAAUGGUUUCAGUGUGAUGUGAAAUGCACGGGGAGCCUUGGCCUAUGGUGGGCGUAUGUAAGUAAUUAUCUGCGGUGUUCGUAAUGGCCGUAUGCCGCUAAAUUGCCUGGCACAAGGGCAUUUAAACCGGUGUUCGUACUGCACUUGUCACAAUAGCGUGUCUGGCACUUUGUGCUGGGAUGAUGGAGGUCAGUGGGGAAUUGUCUGCAGCUCAUAAAACUACUUCACAUGACGACUGUGUGUCUGCAUUUGAAGUGACACUAUUUUUACCCUAAAUCUAAACCAGUGUCAUGUCAGAUCUUAUACGACAAAACAAGGAGGCCUUGUGCGCUUGUCACAUGUGGUCAUCUUUGGUAAAUAAUUGAUCCUCUAUAACCUCCCGAGAAGUAGGAUGGGGCAGAUCCCACCGCAUUAUGGUCUGAUCAGCCUGGUGUGAAUGCUAGGCCGCCUUAGCCAUCAUGCUGGGAGCUCUGUUUCAGCUCUUUCUAGCGCUCUCGCUAAAUCCCUGAAGUUGGUCCAGCAUCUAAAAAUAAGGACUUUUCCACCAAAAUCAGGGUGGUUGGCACAUCUGAUACUGUUUCUAAAUGAAUAAAAUGCUUUAAUUGACACAAACUCUGCUUCAUCUUAAACCUUUGCCGAGUCAUUUUUUCAUCAGCUGGAUAAAAUGCUUCAGUUGACGUGAAACCUUGCGGUAGUGCAGUCAUCCUAUUACAUGGUAUUCAAGUCCUGGAAGGUGGAGGCUGUGACUGUCUGUCUAUAGGGUGAAUGCCUCACCGCAAACACACCCCAGUCUCCGGCUUUUACUGGACACAACUUGAUUUACAGGACAGACCGUGCUCCCACUCUGCAAAAAAGUGUGUGUGUGUGUGUCUAUGUCUAUAACCCCUUCUUCAGACCAAGCUUUGGCAAAUCCUAACCAAAAGUUAUAAGAUCCACUGAAUAUCUACACAGCCACCACAAUCCAGAUAUUCCUUUACUGACAUAGAAACAAACGGUGUAAUACCACUAACACACCGGCUCAACCUCCAAAUCCCUGUAUUAAAACUAAAUAAAACUCAAAGUGGGGUGUGUGUGUGUGUGUAUAGCAUGCAAUAUAAAUUUGUAAUCCUCUAUAUUGUUGUUGCAGUGAGGAAACACGGUAAGAUUACAUGAAUAAGCAGUUUUCAGUGUAAUAUCAAUCCACGGAUGAUAUGACAGAUGUCUGCAGAAAUUAUUCUUUAGUAAACUUUAAUCACUUGUAAAACCGAAGACAAACCUAGUGUAAAAUCAUUUUACAAUGGGUAUAUAGAAUACUCCAAGUACUCCCAGACACUCGAAGAAGAUUCGGGUAAAUGGGUCCCAAAGACCAACUUAAAUGGUGAGGGUAAUCUGUAUCCUGGCAGAAAGUGGUAGUUCCUUCCUGGUCUGUUCCCAAAUUCAGGAGCUCAGUGUCCGACCGAUUUUGUGUCCUCCUCUUCAGAUAUUUGUGGUAACUGAUUUAGUUCUUUAAAUUUUUUUUUUUUUCAGAAAAUGUCAGACGAUUUUUCGGUAAGUUAUCAAUUUAACUUUUUCUUUCUACCUGUCCUGUGCUAAACUUUUUCUGCAGUCUUCAAAUACAAUAACCUUUUCUAUUUCCUUAAAAUACAAAUAAAAUAAGCUUGAUUUGUACUCUUACCCUUGUCUAUAGUGUCUUCAAGAUUUUUCUUCCAGAUGAAAAGGAAGAUUCCCCUCCUCCAUCUUGUUUAAUUUUUUUUAAAUGUAUUUACUAUUCUACACUGCCACCCCAAUACGCCCCAUUAUUUUUCAUUUUCUUUAUUCCCCAAUGAUCUCUCCUGAUGCUGGCUAACAGACAACAUUCAGUGAAAGCCAACGUUUCCAGAUCAGCUUGGGACAUGCUAGUGAAAUCUCAUUUCAUCCAGUUUGUCCACACAAUUAUAAGUCCAUAUUUACUGGCAUGAUAUUACAAAACCGUUGUAAAGGCAUGUAGGGGCCACAUCACCGUAAUAUCAUCAAUGUAACAGCAGAACCUAUCUUUCACACACCCUCAAGACAAUCUGAUGGAUAUGUUUUAACGUUCACAGGAUAAUCAUUGGAAAGUGCAUGGAGGCACUGAACAUUACCAUCGAGAUACUGAUUCAAUGCAUCUCUUUGAAGAGAUAUUGAUUUGGUGUAGCGCAUGCACAAUAGCCUCAUAAUUCUCUUCUAUGGGAAACCAUUGGAUGAAAUUUAAGAUUGACCCUUAUUUAAAGUUUGUUUUCCCAUAACAGAGAAGGGGGGACCAGAAACUUAAAUAGCCACACCAGCGCUAUAGUGUCCGGUAUAAAUGUUUGUAUUCAUGACUCUAUAAUGUUCCUUUUUUAAGCCUUCCAGAUGAUUAAAUGCUGUUAGGAAAAACCUUCCAAAUUUGUCUAUAAAAGUCCACGGUAAAGUCUAUGGAAGAUUUUCUCACAGUAUUGAAAUGCUUGGAAAGUUCAUUAACGACCACAUGACCAGAAAAUGCAUGGAUUAUAUUCUGCUGUACAAACAAAAUAUUUGCCUUGUGUAUGUGUAGUACCCAAUCUCUGGUGCUAUUUUUGGUCCAUCUGCAUAGCUGAUGUGUAAACAAUGGCAUGGACAAUACAUAUCUAAGCUGAAACGCCACAUGAUGAAUUUCAUUCCAUCUGAACAAACUUUAAAAAAUGUGUAGUUUUGUUGAAUCCUUCACAUUGGCCACCUGACUUUCUUUCUCCAUUAGUUGACAGAUGCCGUAUCGGGCCAAAGUCAAGCCCCAACCCAGCAAUCUGAUGGGCAAUCCUGGCCAGGUGCCCCUUGGGGGGGCCAGAACCCAGCAGCUGGCCAGCAGUACCCAGGGUUUCCUGGCGGCCCAGGAGGCCAGCAGUACCCAGGGUUUCCUGGCGGUCCAGCAGGCCAGCAGUACCCAGGGUUUCCUGGCGGUCCAGGAGGCCAGCAGUACCCAGGGUUUCCUGGCGGUCCAGGAGGCCAGCAGUACCCAGGGUUUCCUGGCGGUCCAGGAGGCCAGCAGUACCCAGGGUUUCCUGGCGGUCCAGGAGGCCAGCAGUAUCCAGGGGCCCCAUCUACUGGACCAAGUGCACCAGGCCAGCAAUUCCCUGGACCAGGCCAGCAAUAUCCAGGUGCUCCCACUCCAGGAGUCACACCCAGCGCUCCUGGAUAUCCGGCACCUACUGGACCUGUGGUGAGUCUGUUUAAAUUAAUUUAAUCCAAUAACAUGUUUAAAGUUAAAUGAAAGUAAGAACCAGCAGAUCUGUUCAGUUUGACUUAUUUCUUUAAACCAGGCAUAGGCAACCUUCGGCACUCCAGAUGUUUUGGAGUACACCUCCCAUGAUGCUUUGUCAGCAUUAUGGGAGAUGUAGUCCAAAACGUCUGGAGUGCCAAAGGUUGCCUACCCCUGCUUUAAACUAAGCUCAAAUAUUUCCAUCCAAACAGCAUUCUGUAACCAGUCUUACGCAAUUUGAGGGGGAUGAGUCCCGGGAUUUUUAUUUUCACGUUGUUGUAGGGUAACAGGAAUGCUGGUGGGAAUGAGAUUUCUUUCCUAUCCCUUUUUAAAAAAAAAUUUUUAAUUUUUAUUUUUAAAUUCCCCCUAGAAGGUUAGUAACUAAAGUAAGAAAUUUAAGGUAAAGGUCCCAUUUAAUUCAUGGCUGACUUGGAGAAUUUAACCUGCUCAACAGCUUAAACCUUUCAAUUCACUUUGAAUUCCCAGCAAUUCUCCCUUUAGUAAAUAACAUGGGGUGAGUGGGCUGGCAUUACUGUAUAAUCCAGUGAUUAAUUAGUUAAAUCUUGAUGGUGCUUGGUGAAGGUAGCCUUGUCCUGACUUCUCAGACUGAGUGAGAUGUUGAGUGCUGAUAGUGUUACGAAUGAAGGGUGUGUUUCCCCGAGUGAUCUCAGAACAAUCGCUGAUUGAGGAGCAGGUCCUGAAAGCUCUGUUCGGGGGUCACCCGGCUAAUUCCAGCAAAAAGAAAAACUGCCCAGCAAGCCAACAUGAUGGCCUAUGAACAGGGCUGGAUUAAGAGCACAGUGGGCCUGGUGCUGACAAUUAUGAUGGGCCUAAUUACGGAAUCUUAUCGACCAAAAACAUUAAAACAAUCAUACCUCCCAAGCGUCAUGUAUCUGAUGGAGAUGGUGCUGGAGGGAAAACACUAUAAGAAAACACAUACUCUAUGCUAAUCUCUCUCUAAUUUAUGCUUUCAUCUUUCAAGUAAAUCCAUAGCCCCUAACAGCAGUGUCCAGUGAAGCAGGAAGUCAAUGGGUGGGGUAAAAGGGUGUGCCACUGGCGCGAAUCACGUGACAAGACCUGCCAAAAGGGGUGAACAUGUCCAAAAAGGGGGCAUGUCUGUCCAAAGAAUUGGAAGGUCAGCCUGGCAUGAAUGCAUGUCAGGCUGCCUGCCAAUCCUGCAGGCUGUCCAACUAAGGGCAUACAAUGCAGGCAGCACCUUGAGCUUGACAUAAAUGCGUCUAAUGAUGUGCUCACUCCAUUCUUUCUAAGGACUGUCCCCUAGCACUCGCUGGUCCACUUGUCUCCUUACCUUCUUACUAGCAGGCAGAAGUUCCUAGUAUAGUCUGAGACAGAGAAAAGGUGUCUGUAGUGAGUGUAGAAGAAAGGGGACAUGCCACAGUGUUAGAGAGACCAACGUCUGCAUUACCUAAACUAACUUUAAUGUCAGCCAGUGCACACAAGUUUUGUUCCCAUACAUCCCUCUUAAGCUUCCAAACUUAAAGGGACACUAUAGUCACCAGAACAACUACAGCUUAUUGUAUUUGUUCUUGUAAGUAGAAUCAUUCCAUUCAGGCUUUUUGCAGUAAACACUGUCUUUUCAGAGAAAAUAACUCCACUGGCCGCUCCUUAGAUGGCUGCUAGAGGUGCUUCCUGGGGCAGUACUGCCUAGUGUGCAGCACUGCCAUUCAGUGUCUCCACCCUCUGCAUGCAGACACUGAACUCUCCUCAUAGAGAUGCAUUGAUUCAAUUUAUCUUUAUGAGGAGAUGCUGAUUGGCCAGGGCUAUGUUGGACUUGUGCUGGCUCUGCCCCUGAUCUGCCUAUUUGACAGUCUCAGCCAAUCCUAUGGGGAAGUAUUGUAAUUUGCCCAGACCACCACUUCUGAGCCAGCAGCUGCAGAAUUGAAUACAAGUAAUAUUUUACUAUAUUUAGGGAGGUAAGAAAGGGCCAGGGUGGUGGUUUUAACAUAAUAUGGUAAGAAAUACAUGAUUGUGUUCCUGACACUAUAGUGCUCCUUUAAGCAAGAGUAUGUGAAGAGUAGUUAAGGUUGCCACCUUUCUUGGAAAAAAAUACCAGCCUUAAUCAUUUGCAUAAUUAAUUAGUUAUGCGUGUAAAUCACAAGGAGUGACAUUCUGUAAAAUCACCAACAAACUACUCACAGUUUGAUUCUGCUGUAUAGAUGGAUUGCUCCCAGUGUCUCCCAGUAUCUCAGUCUCGCAAGUCACCCAGUGUCUCAGUGUCCCUAUGUAUCACCGUGUCAGUGUCCCCAUCUCGCCCAGUCCCCUAGUCUCCCAGUGUCUGUGUCCCCAUUUCUCCCAGUGUCCCAAUGUCUCAGUGUGUGCCAUUGUCAGUGUCCCCAUGUCUCUCUGUGUCCCUAGUGUCUCAGUGUCCCCAUUUCUCCCAGUUUCCCUAAAUGUCUCAGUGUCCCCAUGUCUCCCAGUGUCCCCGUGUCUCUGUGUCUCUGUGUCCCCGUGUCUCUGUGUCCCCGUGUCUCUGUGUCCCCGUGUCUCUGUGUCCCCGUGUCUCUGUGUCCCCAUGUCUCUGUGUCCCCAUGUCUCUCUGUGUCCCCAUGUCUCUCUGUGUCCCCAUGUCUCUCUGUGUCCCCAUGUCUCUCUGUGUCCCCAUGUCUCUCUGUGUUCCACGUGUCCCCUAGUGUCUGUGUCCCCAUGUCCCCAAGUGUCUCAGUGUCCCCAUUUUUUCCAGUGUCCCCAAGUGUCUCAGUGUUCCCAGUGUCUGUGUCCUAGUGUCUCAGUGUCCCCUAGUGUAUGUGUCAUCAUGUGUCCCCUAGUGUCUGUGUCCCUUAGUGUCUCAGUGUCCCCAUGUGUCCCUGCUGCCUUUCCCCCCAUCCCUCACUUACCUGAGCUGUAGAGCUGCUGUCUGGACUCUCUGUGCUGUGUAGCUGCUCCCCCACGGAUCAGUGAGUAGUAGAGAGAGGCAGGGAGGGAUAUUCUGUAACUUCCUAUCCCUGCCUCUCUCCAUACACAGUGACCCCUACUGGCCGGUGCUGGUAUUGCAGAGUAAUUUCCAUUUAUUCUGAGAAAAUUACCUGCAUUUGUAUUGCUGGUAUUACUGCAAUACCGGCAUGGCCAGGCAGACUCAAAUACAGUCUGUGCCAUUAAAAUACCAGUCAGGUGGCAAACCUAAGAGUAGUGUGUGGUGUGUAAAAAAAAAAAAAAAAUUUUUUUUUUUUUUUUAAAUGGGCCUAUUCCAUGGGCCUGGGCCUGGAGCUGCAGCUCCAUCAGCCCCUAUGUUAAUCCGGCCCUGCCUAUGAAGUUCUGAAUGAAUCACUGGAAAUGUAGAAUUUUUUUUUUUUUGUGUAUGUGUUUUGUAUUAAAUCUGUCUGAAAUACUGACUGCAAUCCAAUAAUUAUUUUUUUUUUUUUUUUCCCUUUUUGCAGAGAGUGCCUUAUGAUAUAGCUUUGCCUGCAGGAGUUGUCCCUCGUCUCUUAGUAACCAUUCAAGGCAGUGUUAACCCAAAUGCAAAAAGGUAAAACAAGGAACCCCAUUUAAAUGCUGCCUUGUGAUAUGAUGUGCACAAUUUGAAAUAUUUCAAUAUUUGGUUUUUUUUUUUUUAGUAGGACUUUUUAGAUUAGUUUUAUUUUGUUUUUCCCCCUUAUUUUUGUGUCUGUCGCUUUUCCCAGCAAUGUUUAAAAACAGAGGGAGUCCUAAAACCUAGUUCACAACACUGACCCCAUUCCAUCCAUGACAGCAUGUUCGAGUCAGACUUACAGUCCCGGGGAAUAGCUGAAAUUAAUAGAUGACCUAACAUAAUUUUAACCUUGGGUAAACCCUCUGGGAAUUAAUAUUUAAAUUUUGUUGCGUGCAUGAAGUGUACAAACAUGCGGGUGAUGCCACACCAGCAACAUAUUGCUAACAGAGGUUGGAACUGCACAAUAUAUAUAUAUAUAUAUAUAUAUAUUAUAUAUUUUUAUUUUUUUAUUUUUUUUGUUAUAACAUUCUGGUUUGUCAAUAAUGGUGGACAUGUAGGCAACAUCUACCCUAAGACUUACGCCAUUACAGCGUGGAUACUGUCAUUCUAGUAUAACAUUUCUAAAUACAAGCUUAUAUUGUCUGACAUGUCACAGCUUCAAAGGGUUUGGGUGCGUGGGUAAGGGGACCCGCUUGCGUGGAUGCUUAAGUGAGUAAGCGUAAGGCUUUAGCAAUAGGUGUACUUCCGUGGACAUACUGUACAUAUGUUAACUGUGCGUAUCCUCGGCCAUCCAGGCAAUAAGCAGAGCUGUUCUAACAGUGGGUUAAUCAGGGAUUGGCGGGAUCGCUAACUGGUGGAACAUAUUGCAGGUAAAUGUGAUACGAUGUGUGUCAAAGUGCUAACCGGGUUAACUUCAGUGUGUGACAGGUGUGUAUGCGGUAACUUAUCUAGCUUAGGGAGUCUGAUGGUCGGUUAGGUUGUUUUUGUUUUGGCAUAUUAAAAGGGCCAAGCUUUGUGUCAAGGAACAUGUUCAUAAAACUUGCAACUUUGCAUCAUCGGUUUGGGUCAUCAGAGUUUAUUUGCCACCGUCUAUGUGUCUGGGCAGCGUCCAUGCACAUGUGUUGCGUUGGCUGCCUGUGAUUCGGUGAGUCAUCCUAUUCCUCCAGCAGGGAUCGGUUUUGGUGGCGCCGUCUAGGCGCAGGCAUCGGCUAACAGCAAGUAGCAGGCCAGCUCUUCCCUCCAGCUCCGGGUCAGUGACAAGGCCAGCAUUGUAUUCCCACAGACUUGGGAGCUGCUAGAGGCCGGGUCCUUCCCUGUUGGGACAGGUCUGGGGGCCUUGAGGUGUUUACAGCGCCUGCGGCGGGCAUGGCCUCCACCUGCGUGGGUGAUGCACUGCGGUUCUUCCCGUGGUGGCCUUUGGCACGGAUGGGCUAGUGCGGUGAAUGGUGGGCUGCUUCAACAUGUUAGUGCCCGAGGGCCAUCCAGUCCUCCUCCGGCUGUCGCCCCUCUGCCCGCGCUCGGUGCUCCUGAUCUCUCGUUGCUGGAUCUGUGCGGCAGCGUGCCUUGCCUCAAUCUUUGCCCAGAAGUUGUUGUUGUUCAGGCGGGUGGGCAGAGGCUCGGUAGCGUCGUGUCGGUACUCUGAAGGCACACUUUCUUCUCUAGGUUGUGUUUCUGCCAUGUUGUAUUGGCAGGUGGCCUGCAGGCUUUGUGCGUAGCUAGGCUCUGUGCCAGUUCUCGGAGACCAUGGGGGUAUGUGGGUCGGAGCUGUUUGGACCAGGAUAUCCCCUGCCGGUCCUCUGGGGGGGAGGGGGGAAGCUGAGAGUCACGGGUGCUGUUUGUGUUGAUGGGCUGGGAGAGCGUCCGCCUCUCCCCUGCCCUGCGUGUUGUAGGGCCCCAAGCCUCGGGUCGGGCUUUCCAGCGGGCAUUUCAGGCUUGCAAGGUAUUCCCCCUGCUUCUGUAUAACAAGAUGAGGUAUGUUGGGGUUCAGUCCAAGGUGAUGUGCCCCUGUUUUCAGUUGUUUAUUGGGCCCAGGCGUGGGCGCUCAGUGUGUCUGCUCAGCUCCCCUCCCUCUCUGGGAAUUUCUUGAGACAAAACUUGGGUGUAAUGUGUGGGUUUUGAUCUUUAAUAAAGUGUGUGUAUUGGCCAAAUAUGGCUUUAAUUUAGGACAUGUCCAAAAUUAUGUGUAAUAGUGUGCCUACUUGUUCGUACCUUCUCCAGCAUGUAUUAAUAGGGAAUAAGUGGUCUGGGUGCCAGGUCCAGCUAGGGUUAACCCAUUUUUUUAAUAAACAUAGCAGUUUCAGAGAAACUGCUAUGUUUAUGAAUGGGUUAAGCCUUCCCCCUAAUCCUCUAGUGGCUGUCUCAUUGACAGCCGCUAGAGGCGCUUGCGUGAUUCUCACUGUGAUUUUCACAGUGAGAGCACGCCAGCGUCCAUAGGAAAGCAUUGAUAAUGCUUUCCUAUGUGACCGGCUGAAUGCAUGCGCAGCUCUUGCCGCGCGUGCGCAUUCAGCCGACAGGGCGGAACGGAGGAGGAGAGAAGGAGGAGAGCUCUCCCCCCAGUGCUGGAAAACGGUAAGUUUAAACCCCUUUCCCCCUUCCAGAGCCAGGCGGGAGGGGGUCCCUGAGGGUGGGGUCACCCUCAGGGCACUAUAGUGGUCCUUUAAAUAAUUUGGAAGGAGUAAGGUCCCAUCUAUAUAUGUGUUUAAUGGGAUGCUAAAAGUGCCACAGACUGCAUUGAGCUCCAUAGCGCCAAUAGAAGCCCAUGCCACUCUUCAAUAGUAAAUUUCAUAUUCCAUUCUCUUUUCCUCUGUCAUAGUCCAAUUUUGGACCACGUUCCCCAGCAAAAUAAGCAUAGCACAUUGAAAUGGUUAGUCUACGGUCAGGAUCUGAGAGCUAUAUCUUUUCUAGCAAAAAACGGGGCACAAGAGAAUACUGAGAACAGGCAGCAGCUGAAAGCCUACCCUUUGGUGGGUCCCCGCUCAGAUCUCAAGCUGGUUUUAGAUCAUCUUGUGCCAUUACAGAGAGAACAUCUCUGAAGCAUAUAAGACUGGUCCCACCCAUAUGGGCAGUCCAGAUCUGAAAUGCCAGCAAGUUCCCUCUGCACGAGAGACACAGCAACCCCAGACUAUCGUUUCAGCUUUGUUAGGCAUCAUCAGUGAGGCAUAGCUGAUAUCUCUAGGCACCUAUCUCUUUUCUAGAUUAGACCUGUUUACUUUAACGUCUCGGAUAGGGAUCUUGGAGAAUGUAAAGUGUUCACUAAGCAAAUUUACCAUUUGCCUAUGCAUCAGGGCAACAGAAGUGUCCAGGCCAAAUUUGGCCUGUAGAGGACAGUAAUACCUUCAAGGUAGUGCGUUCAGGAGCUGGUUCACUUAUGGAUGGCUUAAUUGAUACAGUUGAAUAUAGUGAUGGUAUUAAUAUCUGGAACAGUAGGUGAUGGUUACAAUAGAAUGUAUGGUGUGUAUACCUUUAAAUCUGCUAUAAGCAGAUUCUAUCUGUUGUAACUGGCAAAAAAAUAAAGGAAUUGGACAAAAAUAAAUCCUUAAUAUGUAAGACGGUGGGAAAGCCAAUAUUUCACAUGCAAGUCAGAUAAUGCAGAUCACGGGGGUAGCUCUGGACCAGGUAGUGGAAGGGUUAAUCUUGGUGUAUGACACUAUCCAAGCCUUAAUAGCGGCUUUGGUGGUUGGAUACAUGUUCAUCUGUGGCCCAAGAGCAGGGGGCAACCAUACGACUUUAAUGGAGUAAGAGAAAACCUUGGCACCCUCAAUCUCCAACAACAACGAACUAGCCUGCUCCAUAUUAUAUUUUAAGGGCUGCAGCCGCAUUGGUUGCCAAAUAAUCAUGAAUUAAGUUUGGUAAACCCAACCUUAACAAACUGAGUUUUUGCAAACUGAGUGUUUUUUUUUUUUUUUUUAAAUGACUUAUUUUUUUGUGAAUACAUUUUGUUGAACAUGUUCUUGUACACGUUUAUUUAUUCCUUAAUAGAAUUUAACUUUUUAAUGUAACUUUUAUUUUUGCUUUUAAGAUUUAACUUUGACUUUAAAAAAGGCCAAGAUAUCGCUUUCCACUUUAAUCCACGGUUUGAUGAGCGACCCUGGGUUACUGUCCGGAAUUCACUGAUUCGUCAGAAAUGGGGAGAUGAAGAAAGGGCUCAGGCUAAAUUCCCAUUUAAUCCGGGCCAACCAUUCAAGGUAAACCUCGCUUGCAAAUGUUUUCAUUUUUAACCUAAUUUUCUCCCUUUUUCCUAUACAUCCCUUGACUUGGCUGCAAUUUCAGUGAUAUUCCAACACGGUCAAAAUUAAUAUUACAUAGAUUAUAUCUUUAUAAAAUCAUCAUCUGCCCCUGAUCUGCUGAAGAUCUUUGUCAGUCUUCUAAAGUCAUAGCUUGUAGACAGUAUAACUUUUUUUUAAGUGGUCUAUUUGUCUCCCUCACGUCUUGUUUUUGCCCUUCAGAUCCAAGUGCUUUGUGAACCAGACCAGUACACCGUGAAAGUAAAUAACGAGGACAUCUGUAAAUACCGACACAGAGUGAGAGAACUGAAUGAGAUCAAAGGUCUAAGCGUCUCUGGUGAUAUUACACUGUCUGAUAUCUCAUUUGCAGUGGUUUAAUUCUGGCCUGGGCAUGCAGUCACAUUGAUUGUGAUAUCUUUAACUGGGUACGGUUACAUGGCUUACAGAAAGAAUUUUGUAUUUGGUGUUAAAAUACAUUGUAUACGCUAACAAAUCUUUGCAUAAACGGCUGGAUCGCCUACAAACCAAUUAGGUUAAUAAAAUUUAUCCAGCAUACGAGAGACGUGUUGUGCUUUUUGUGAUGAACUAUACCCGUUUCGCCUAAAACAAAGUUUGUAAAAUAUCCUGCUUU